AUGGUUUCCAAGUCUAUUCUCGCUGUUCUUCUCGGCACCGCCGGUGUCCUGGCCCUCCCCCCUCGUUGCGCCGUCUCUGAUCCUACACCGGAACAGUUGGACAAUGCCGCAACUCUCAAGGCCAUUGAGGAAACCGCCAGAAUCGCCGCCAGGGCCUCCAUCACUGUUGAAACAUAUUUCCAUGUUGUCUCGUCUUCCUCAUCCAAGUACAUCACCCAAAAGCAGCUACAAGACCAGCUGGUCUACAUGAACGAUUCUUAUGGCCCCCAUGGAGUUACGUUCAGGCUGGCGGGCACCGAUUUCACCACAAACAUCAACUGGGCUGCUGGCAACGGCGAGGUUGCGAUGAAGAGGCAGCUCCGUAAAGGAGAUUACAGCACUCUCAACCUCUACUUUGUUGACACUCCCAAGCUGGAUGGCCGCACGGCUCUCGGCUACUGCCACUUCCCCGAGCCUGGGGUGACAGCUGGAUCCACGACUUUCAUCAAGGACGGUUGCGUCAUUGAUGCGCAAACCGUCCCCGGCGGAACUGCUGAACCAUACAACCUGGGUGGAACUGCUGUCCACGAGAUUGGACACUGGUUCAAUCUCUUCCAUACUUUCCAGGGCGGCUGCACUGGCAGUGGAGACUUUGUUAGCGAUACCCCUGCCCAGGGUAAAAACACAUCGGGUUGCCCUGCCCGCUCGGAUACGUGCCCAAACCAGCCUGGCGAUGACCCCAUCCACAAUUACAUGGAUUAUUCUGACGAUAUCUGUUAUGAGGAGUUUACUCCCGGCCAGGAGACUCGCCUUCACACCGCUUGGGAGACUUAUCGCCAGUAG